AUGCAGAGAGCUGGAGGCGGGAGCGCCCCCGGGGGCGGCGGGGGCGGCGGCGGCGGGGGCCCGGGCACUGCCUUCUCCAUCGACUCUCUGAUCGGGCCGCCGCCGCCGCGCUCCGGCCACUUGCUCUACACCGGCUACCCCAUGUUCAUGCCCUACCGGCCCCUCGUGCUGCCGCAGGCGCUGGCCCCUGCGCCGCUGCCCGCAGGCCUCCCGCCCCUCGCCCCACUGGCCUCCUUUGCCGGCCGCCUCACCAACACUUUCUGCGCGGGGCUGGGCCAGGCCGUGCCCUCGAUGGUGGCGCUGACCACCACGCUGCCCAGCUUCGCCGAGCCGCCGGACGCCUUCUACGGGCCCCCGGAGCUCUCAGCCGCCGCCGCCGCUGCCGCCACGGCCACGGCCGCCCGAAACAACCCCGAGCCGGGCGGCCGACGCCCGGAGGGUGGGCUGGAAGCCGACGAGCUGCUGCCCGCCCGAGAGAAAGUGGCAGAGCCCCCGCCGCCCCCACCACCGCACUUUUCAGAGACUUUCCCGAGUCUGCCGGCAGAGGGGAAGGCGUACAGCUCAGAUGAGGAGAAGCUGGAGGCGCCAGCCAGAGACCCGGCAGGCAGCGAACAGGAGGAAGAGGGGUCCGGCGGUGACAGCGAGGACGACGGCUUCCUGGACAGUUCUGCAGGGGGCCCCGGGGUGCUCCUGGGACCCAAACCGAAGCUAAAGGGAAGCCUGGGGACUGGAGCCGAGGAGGCGGCCCCCGUGGCAGCGGGGGUCACGGCUCCCGGGGGCAAGAGCCGAAGGCGCCGCACGGCAUUUACCAGUGAACAGCUUUUGGAGUUGGAGAAGGAGUUUCACUGCAAGAAAUACCUGAGCUUGACAGAGCGUUCCCAGAUCGCCCACGCCCUCAAGCUCAGUGAGGUGCAGGUCAAGAUCUGGUUUCAGAACCGGAGGGCCAAGUGGAAGCGCAUCAAGGCUGGUAAUGUCAGCAGCCGCUCCGGGGAGCCCGUCCGGAACCCCAAGAUCGUCGUGCCCAUCCCCGUGCACGUCAACAGGUUCGCCGUGCGGAGCCAGCACCAGCAGAUGGAACAGGGGGCGCGGCCCUGAGGGGGCCCCCCGAGGACCUGGGGAGGCAGAGGGUCCGCUCCUCAGCCUACUCUGAGACCGGGCUAGGGUGCUGGGACCAGAGGGGGACCGCUGUGAUUCUGCCCCGGAGGGGGCUCUGUCGGCAAUGCCCGUCGCCCCAGGUGCGCUCUCCGGCAGCCGGAGCCGCAGGCGCUCGGCCCUGAGCCUGCCGCCAGAGACAGACCCUCAGGACCGGGGCUCCAGGGCUCCAGGGGCUUGGGCUCUCGUUGCCCAGGAGCCGCUGGGACCGUGGUGGACUCCUGGGAAGGGGGUGGGUGCCCAAAUGCCCGGGGCCUGAAAGGUUCCCGGGUCACUUCUGACGGUGGCGGGAGGAGCCCCGGGCGAUGGCUGGCCGAGCCGGCCACAGCUCCUUAUUUAUUCCGUGUAAAGUCUGUACGUGUGUGGGUCCCUCUGCCUCUGUGUGUCUGCCCCCGCGAGAGGCCUGGGAACGCCGUUUCCUCGGCCCUCGGCCGGAGUCCAGCUCCCUCUCACCGCCCUGGAGCGAGCGGCCCCUGCCCGCCUGCACUGCAAGGACGUGCAGAGAGACGAACCGGGACCCUCACGAGCCUCCUUGGAACCCCUGGGCCCACGCCAUCUCCUCUCCCGAGAACUACCUCCGCGUCCGCCCGCCCCAGCCCGGGGCCUGCCCCGUGCGCGCGCCCCUCGGCCUCCCGCUCCCGACACGGCACUUUUCCCUCUCCCCAUUA